CUCGCGAUGUGACCGCUUCCUGAGGCUCCUCCUCCUCCUCUUCCUCCUCCUCCUCCUCCUCCCUCGGCCUCUUCUUUCUUCCCGUGUUCCCCGGCAGAGGAAGGUACAGAGCAUGGAGAAUGAUGAAUUUCCGUCAGAGGAUGGGAUGGAUUGGUGUGGGAUUAUACCUAAUAGCAAGUGCAGCUGCAUUUUACUAUGUCUUCGAAAUCAACGAGACUUACAACAGACUAGCACUUGAGCACAUUCAGCAGCCCCCUGAAAAACUUAAAGAAGAAACUACGUGGAUGCACUCCUUAAAAACACGGCUGCUGUCGGUACCCUUUUGGCUGUGGACCAUUAUCUUUUUAAUCCCUUAUUUACAGAUGUUCUUGUUCCUUUACUCCUGUACAAGAGCGGAUCCUAAAACAGUGGGAUAUUGCAUCAUUCCUAUUUGCUUGGCUGUUGUUUGCAAUCGACAUCAAACAUUUGUGAAGGCCUCCAAUCAAAUCAGCAGACUGCAACUGAUUGACACUUGAAUGGAUCCGUGCUUUUCCAUGAGUGUUUUUACAUAAUCUGAAGAUGCUUGGCUGUGUCCGUUGAAAAUAUGAAUGCAAUUUGAAAUUCUUUUCAUCAGUGUUAACUACUGAAUAGAACACUAACUUUGUCUUUUUUAAACACGUUCAUUCAAAGUAUGGGUAUGUUCAAAUUGGUGGAAUAACAGCCUCCUUUGAGAUUAGAGGAUGACAUUCUUCAUAUUUGCCUUAUAAUGCAGAAUUUCUACACUCCACUGGAAGCUUUUGAGAAAAAAUGUUUUUGAAACCUUACAUCACUGUGUCCCUUGCCCCCAUCCUGAAGAGGAGAAUCAGUGAAAAUUGACUCGUCUGUUGUUAUAAUUUGUACAUUUUGGAAUGAUCGUACAAAUGGCAUUUAAUACAUUGUUGUGCUUUCUUCUUCAAUAAUGUUGCACUCAAUAAAACAGGGCUCUAUUCAUAGACACAGAAGAACAUAAA